GUCGAGUGCCACACAUCGGGCCAUUUCUUCACUCUAGCCUCGGAGGAUCCAUCCAUCCAUUAUUUCAUCCUCAAAUCUCGCGAAUAAUCCGACCUAGAUCUCCUAAAUUAUUUCAAAUCAUGGCCGUAACUUCGAGCCGAUGUUAAGGAAAUGAAUCUUUCUCUGUCCUCGGCGACUACUUCUUCCACCUUGUCUUCUUUGUCUUCAUCAUCGUCGUCGUCGUCGUCGUCAUCAUCGUCAUCUUCUAAGUCGUGGUUCUCGGGAAUUGUUCGAGGCCGUUCUGAUAGAUCAGGCAGUGUCAAAAUGGUAAAUAACUCCUCUGCCAGCACGAGUGAUUCCGCCGGUCCCGUUGUCCGGAAGAAUCAGUUCCGAGGGGCCUUAUUCAAGUACGGUCCGAAUCCUAUUCAGGUUGCAUUUAAGACUGGCGAUUACAAACAGCAAGUCAUUUUCAUCGGUGGAUUGACUGAUGGUUUUCUUGCCACGGCAUAUUUGGAACCUCUAGCAAUUGCUCUAGACCGUGAGAAAUGGUCUCUAGUUCAAUUUCUUAUGUCAUCUUCAUAUAGUGGAUACGGCACCUCCAGCUUGCAACAAGAUGCCAAGGAGCUGGAUCAGCUGAUAAAUUAUUUAAUUAACAAAGAAGAUUCUGAAGGUGUGGUACUGCUUGGGCAUAGUACCGGUUGUCAGGAUAUUGUGCAUUAUAUGCGUACAAAUGCUGCAUGCUCCCGUGCUGUUCGUGCUGCCAUCCUACAGGCUCCAGUUAGUGAUAGGGAAUAUCGAGCUACGCUGCCCGAGACAGCUUCUAUGAUUGACUUAGCUGCUAGUUUGAUAAGAGAAGGGCGAGGUUCUGAUUUAAUGCCAAGAGAAGCAGAUUCUUCUGCGCCGAUUACUGCCUAUAGGUAUCACUCCCUUUGUUCAUAUAACGGUGAUGAUGAUUUAUUCAGUUCCGACUUUAGUGAGGAUCAAUUGAAAUUGAAACUUGGGCACAUGUCUUGCACACAUUGCCAGGUUAUAUUUUCGAUGGGUGAUGAAUAUGUGCCAGACUAUGUUGAUAAGGAAGCACUGGUUGAGCGAUUAUGCAGAGCGUUGGGAGGCGCCGAAAAAGUAGAGAUUGAACAUGGGAACCAUUCCCUCUCUAACAGAGUUGAAGAGGCUGUCCAAGCAAUUAUUGACUUCAUAAAAAGAGGGGGACCAAAAGGUUGGGAUGAUCCCUGGAAUUAAUGUGUUUUAUCUCUCUUAAUUUACACUCACUCUAUCACUGUUUUUUCCCCCCCUUUUCACUUCUUCUAGCCAACCAUCCUUUCAUUUUUCUCUCUUGUUCCCCCCCCCUCUUGGGUUGGUGGGGUUGUUACUUUCAUUUUUUUUUUCCAAUUUAAUACAUGUUGAUAUUUUUUAAAACUGUUUGUAACAGUUGUGUGGGACAGAAUUUCAUCUCUAUAACAUUUUUUUUUUUGGGGUGAAAA